GCGUCAUUCUCUGAGGAUUUGGAAUGGACAAAAAGCAAAUUUUGGUCACUGGCUUACCGAAUGGAACGAAAAAAGCAGAGCUAAUGAUCUACUUCCAGUCUGAGAGAGAUUCUGGAGGGGGUGACGUAGACAGCAUCGAAAUUGACCGCGGAAGAGCAUACAUCACUUUCGAAGAAGCUAGAGCCGCCGGGCGGGUUGUACGCCGAAGAAGCCAUUGCCUCCGGAAUUGUCAACUUCAGGUGAAGUUCCAUCCAGACUCAGAGGAUGAAGAUAAUGAGUACGAACAGGAACGACAUAAUGGACAAUUUGAAGAAUACCAAGCCAGACAUCGAAGUAGGCAAGGUCUCCAGGACUUACCAGCCUCCCAGAAAUUCGAAAGAGGACAGCAACGACAUCCUAAUGAACCUCCCGUGCCGAAGCAGAGCACAGUCCAAGUAAAAGGUGUGUUGCCAGACACAUCAAGAGAUCUCUUGGCCUACUACUUCGAGAGUGAAAGGCAUUCUAAAGGUGGUCCAGUCUCUUCUAUUGACAUGAAACCUGAUCUUCAAAUAUGCUUGAUCACUUUUGAAAAUUCUGAAGACGCUCAAAGAAUCGUGGAGAACUCCCCUCACAUUGUGUCUGGCCUUCGUCUUGACGUGUCUUUUGUCGAAGAGAGGGAAGAUGAAUUGGCAAAUAACUACGAAAACAACAACACUAUAUUAGACGGUUCCAUCGCAAUAAUUGUCAGCGGUAUAUCAUCGCCUAUCACCAAUGAUUCCGUAAGGUAUUACUUUGAAAAUCCAAGGAGAUCUGGAGGAGGAGCCAUUUCUGAUAUUUUCUUUGCCGAAGACGGAGACGCCAGGAUAACUUUUCAGGAGGUGAAAGAUUUGGAAAAGCUUCUUCACCAAUCACAUUUUAUCGAUGGAAAGGUCAUCUCAGUGAAGAAAGAGCCACCAAAGAAAAGAGUACCACUAGAUCCAAUUCGAGUGCUGGUCCGUGGACUAAACGAGAAAAUUACUGAAGACUGUCUACUUUUUUACCUGGAGAGAUGCACCGACGUAGCGGUUAAAGAAGUUACCAAAUGUUUUAAUAAUAAUGCAGUGGCAGUAUUUGAAGCCGAACCAGACUUCGAAUCGCUUUUCAGUAAGGUGCACGGCGACAAUCAAGGACCUGAAGGAAGCAAACUUCGUUUGGAACGCAUUCCUGUUUGCUCCUCAAUUUUAGUCGAAGGACUUAAUGAGAAUACUUCCAAGGAUACCAUACAAUUGUAUUUUGAAAGCAGCAGACACAGCGGUGGGGACAUCGUCAGCCAUGUGGAGCGUAUCACGAAAAGUAGUGCAGUUGUUCAUUUUGAGAAAGCAUCAGCCGUUCAGAAUGUAAUCGACAAAGUGGUUCACAAACUCGACGAUAAGAACCUGGAAGUAAGGCCAUAUCUUCCUUUUCUCGAAAGCUCAACUACGAAUAAGGUAGAAGAACCGUUCGAUGCUGAGGUCUUUGAACACAUCAAGAAUAACCACGAUCAUGAUUUAUUAAUUCUGAAGAAGGAAAACAAGGUCGACGUCAGCAUGGAUCCUGACAAGCAAGUUAUCGUAAUUGCCAACUCAGAAAAGGGAACCGUUCCCAAACAGUUAUGGAAAGAAAGAUCAGGACGCCUGCUAAGCUUCUUGCAAGGUUUUAAGAGAGCUGAAAUCCGCAUUCCUGCUGAAUUAGCCGAUGAAGUGUCAGAGCGCUGGAGGGAGGCCCAUCCUGCGACAGAAACAUCCGCCGAUCUAAUAACUUUCAGUGAACAAAACCGAGCAGCGCGUAUCAUUGGAAGGGUUCAAGAAGUAGUUGAGGAGGAAAGGAAAAUGGAAGAGUUUAUCCAUGCUGUUGAACAAGAUACCGAGCUUAUGAAGUCAAUAGGAAAAGUGACUGAAGGUGGCAUUCCGAGAGUUCGAUUGAGAUUACUGGAAAUGUCUGGUAUCUGUCAAAGUCUCCAAAGUGAGCACCAGUAUUUAAAAAUCUCUUUUGAUGCGGACGGGGAGAUGUUGUUCUUUGAGGGUCCCAGAGUUCUCCUUAAGGAUGUGCAGGCUAAAGUCUUUAUCUUAAUUUCAAAGAUGAUUGAUAAGUCCAUUGAGCUCGCACCAAACAUCAUAACUGUUUUAAAAAAGCCCUCGGUGUCGAGCUACCUUCAAGAUCUUUUCAAGAAAAAAAACAUACAAGCAAUUUUUGAAUGCGGCCAAAGCAACAGCUCUAACGAGAUCAAGAUCAUUGGUGUUGACGCGUAUAACACACAAGAAGCAGAAAAAACUUUGCUAGCUGCUAUUCAAGAAAACAGCAUCCGUUUAACCGACAAAAAUGCUCAAGUACUUAGCAGCCGUAUUUGGAAAAGUUUCCACUCGCGAAUAAUAUCGAAUUCUAAAGUUGAAAUUGUCGUUGACAUCUCCUCUAGCACUGUUUGGGUUAGCGGAAUCGCAGAAGAUGUUAAAGAAUGCUACGAUCAAAUCGUCGACUUUCUUAAAAAAAACACUAUUCUGAGUGACACCGUCGUCUUAGAAAAUGGUUCAACGAGGUUCGUCUUCGAAAGGUUAAGUUCUAAACUUGACGAGAUUAAGAAAGACUUAGUCACUUGCUCCGUGGACAUGCGAAUAGCUGCAGACUUUAAAGGCAUAGAGGUAUCUGGUACUGAAGAAGGACUAGAGAGGUGCUUACCAAGAAUUCUUGAGCUAACCAAAACUAUUACGAAGGCCUCCAUCCCGAUUGACAGGCCAGGGAUGAAGAAAUUCUUCUUGCAGGGUAAAGGACCUAAGUCUCUAAAAUCAAUUGAGGACACCAACAGUUGUAUCAUCGUUCCAAGAGAAAGAAACGAAAACGAAGCCUUGCUGAUCUCAGACGAAGAGGAGAAGAGAGAAUUUCAAGGAUCAUCCCCCGAGUUCAUUUGUAGCUUCCUCACGAGAGAAAAAAAAAAGAUUUAUGUCUUUAAGAACGACAUCACAAAACACCCCGUCGAUGCUAUAGUUAACGCAGCCAAUGAAAAUUUACAGCAUGUUGGAGGUUUGGCCAGAGACAUAGUGAAGGAGGGUGGAAGCGAUAUCCAGCGUCACUGCGAUCAGUUCGUUGCAGAUCAAGGCCGUCUUUUAGAGGGGCGGACACUAGUUACCCCUGCAGGACGGUUACCAUGUAGUAAGAUCAUCCACACAGUUGGGCCUAAAUGGGAUUUCACAGCAGACACACUUCGAAUAGAUGGCACCGAAACAAGACAGGAACGCGUUCUUAAGCAGGCCAUUAAGAAUAGCCUGAUGGAAGCCGCAAGUCUGAAGUCAAUAGCUAUUCCAGCGGUAAGUUCCGGCGUGUUUGGCGUACCACGUGAUCUAUGUGCUAAAGUCAUACUGGAUGCUGUCGUAGAAUUUUGUCGGGAGAAUCCGUCUUGCCAUUUAUCAGAGAUUCAUCUUGUUAACAAAGACACACCUACGGUCACUGCUUUCUCAGACGAGAUGGGGAAAAGAUUUUCCACGGAGAAUAAUUUCAUUAGUAGGGAUGCAUCUGGUCCAGCAAACCCUACACUCCAAGUUAGAGACAUUUCGCAACGAUCCAGAGGAGCUCCGAACUCCUUUGCAACACAGGAGGGGAUUCAAAUCACCGUAAAGAAUGAAGAUCUCGCUAAAGAACAGGCUGAAAUCUUGGUUGGAACAGCGGCAGGAAAUCUCAAACUUGACCAGAAUCCUUGUGCGAUGGCGCUCAGCAAAAAAGCUGGUCAAUGUUUGCAAGACGAAUGUGAUAAGAAGAACGCUGUGCCUGAAGGAAACAUUGCUGUGCUACAUCAGACCGGAGGUUUGAAAUGUCAGGCUGUCAUCUUUGCCAUAUGUUCUCCCUGGGGCAAUGGUAAAGGAAGACAGACUCUUAUAGACCUUAUGAAGAAGUGUUUAAAAGAAGGAGACAGAAUGAAGGCCAAAUCGAUUGCUUUUGCUGCUAUUGGUACUGGGACACUUAGCUUUCCUCGAGAUCAGGUUGCAAAAAUCUAUUUCGACGAAGUAGUGUCAUUCAGUAAAAGGAACCCUACAACUAAACUGAAAGACAUACGAUUUGUGUUGUACGACAAAGACACCCCGACCAUUCAGGCGUUUGAUAGAGAGUUAAAGAAGUGGCUGAAGAAUGCUGGCAGUAUGGGUAAUGCCUCACAAGUCAACGUCACCAGCACAUCAGCAACUGGCAAUGCUUCAUUCUCUCCGGUUACUGAGCGAGGUCCAGACCACCUAGAAACAACCAUCGGGUUACUCUCUUUUCAAGUGCAACAUGGUGAUAUCACAAAAGAUUCGACAGAAGCCAUUGCUGUUAUCAAUAAUACUUCCUUAGAUCUCUCAGUUGGUCAUGGAGCGGGAGCAGCUAUUCUUAGAAAGGGGGGCUCCUCCAUCAGUGACGAGUGCGCUGAACACGAACCCCAAACACCGGGCUCCGUUGUUGCUACAACAGCAGGACGCUUAAAAGCAGAUUUCCUCUUUCAUAUUAUCCCAGUUGAACCUAUUACUGCUAAAAGUAUAAAGGCCUCCGUAUUGAAGUGCCUGCGAGAGGCCGAAGACAGAAGAGUCACUUCCAUUUCAUUUCCGGCUGUUGGGACUGGGGUCCUUGACAUAUCAGCAAAGUCCUGUACUUAUUCAAUUCUGUCCGCAGUCCGCGAUUUCGCUAACCAAGGACCGGAACACGUACAACUUGUCAAGAUGACAAUUUUCCAGAAAAGCAUGAUCAAAGACAUCCGUUCAGUGCUGUUUGAAGCCUCAGGCCAAAACCCCCCAGCAGAAGCAGGUAUUCUUCAUAGAGUCGCUUCUGGGUUAAGGACAAUGGUCGGCCUCAUAGGAAUCGGUGGGAACGAGGCAAGCUCUGCGACGCCUGAUGUUCAAACUGUUGAUGAAACAAAGUUAAAUCUUGAUAUUUAUGCUGGCAAUGAGAGUGAUCUUCAGCAAGCCUCUACUGCAGUUAACGAUCUGAUGUCUGAGAAUUCUGGUCAACAGGUUAUCACGAAUGAAGUAAUCAGGAGUUUAACGAAAGAACAUUUGACAAAAAUUCACACUCUUGAAUUACGAUACAGCGUUAGAGCCGUCGUGGAAAAAGAGUUGGAUCGCAUUGAGUGCUGUGGGCAGCUAGAAGACGUUCUCAAAGUAGUUUCAGAUAUCCACGAUCUUCUCGAUAAAAUAAAGAAAGACGAACAUGAUCGCUUUCGAGCUGAGAUGCUCUCUAAGAAUGUCCAGUGGAAGUAUAAGCAUGGCGAUAAGUUUCUAAAUUACGAUAGUGAUCUCAACACUAAAAUCGAGCUCGCCUACCAGGAUAACAAGAAAACACUCACCGUCAAAGAGCACGAUGAGCCUUACGAAAUAUCGUUCCUCGCCAUGACAGAGACGGGCCCAAAUGGUCACAGCACAGAUAUCAAGAGGGUUAACCCAGGUGGAGGCCUUCACGUUCCGGAUUAUUGGGAUCCUCAGCCGCAAGAUAAGAAGGUGCAUAUUGUCGAGAUAAAAGCUGAUUCGCAUGCACAGGAGUACAAGAAGGUCACUGAUCUGUUCAAUGCAACCUGCUCAAAACAAAUUGUCAAAAUAGAAAGAAUUCAAAAUGAAGCUUUCUUUGGAAUUUACGCUGUUCAGCAACAAAAGAUGGACGAGUCUGGUGCCCGUGGAAGCAACGAAAUGCUGUUAUUUCAUGGAACCGCGGAGAAUAACUGUCAAGCAAUUACUCACAAAGGCUUUAACAGAAGUUAUAGCUGGCAAAAAAACACCCUAUAUGGAAAAGGCGUUUAUUUUGCCAAGGAGGCAGAGUAUUCCGCACGUUCUCAGUAUUCACCACCAGGUCCAACGGGCCUUCGACACAUGUACGUCGCAAGAGUGCUGGUUGGUGAUUACACAGUGGGUAAGAAAGACAUCAUUGUCCCUCCAUCCAAAACAGGCAAUGACCCAACAGAUACAUAUGACAGCGUCGUGGAUCAAAUGCCCAACCCAGAGAUCUUCGUCGUAUUUCACGACCCGCAAUGUUAUCCCGAGUACCUGAUAACUUUCCAGUAACGGACUGGCACUACUUGGCACUACUUCGCCUUCUUUUGCAUUUUUGUUAAUUUUUUUUGCUUGUCAUGAUAACUUUUUUGGAAAGGUGUAGAAAAAGAGGAUGACUGAGGCCAUUAAAAAGAUGGUAAUAACGGCAAUUCCGAGGGCAGAAAAACCAAAUUUUGAUGCACAAAGAGAGAGGAGAGGUAGCUUAUACUUGUUUAAUCCAAUUAGAUUUGUAACAAUUUCUUUCAAAGGAAUUAGCCUAACUUAUCUUAGCUUGCUCGAUGUUCCUCACAGAAGCCGAUUUCUGUUCGAUUUACUUUAAUGAUAUUUUGUUUGAGGUGACACCUUUUGCAGUGAAAAUAACUGUGAUACAACCGAGGGGCGUUUCUAGUUUUUUCCUCAUUUGAGCUUUUCCUCCAACUAACGACUCAGUUAGACUCAAAUGGAAGCAAGAUUAGAAUUAGAUUGUACAAUAACUUACAAUUUUUUUGG